CCUCUUCCUCUCUCUCUCAUUCUGCAACUCUUCUACUUUUCAUACACACUGCACGAUACACAAGCACGCUGUUGUGAUUGUGAUUAUGCGCCGAUGACGGAAAAUUGGCAAAAUUCGAUGCUCAGUUCGUCUUCCUGUUGUUGAUUUUGGUGUGGUUUAUUAAAUCCGUUAAUUGAAGCUUCUGGAGCGAAAUUUUUGUGUGAUUCGAGGGUUUUUGAGAAUUAUCAUUAAUUUUGCUAUUUUAAGCUCAAACACGCUCUGCGGCUUAGGAGGGUUAGUGUGCAUUUGUAUCCCAACCACUGUUGAUAAUUCGAUGCACGUAAAGUAGAGAAAAGGAAUCGAAUGGGGGGAGCUUGUUCGAGGAAGCGUGACCAUCUCGUCAAUGAGGAUGGUCUGAGUGGAAGAGUUUCAGGGAGAUACAUGAAAAGUGGGAGCUCCAAAUGGCUGGGGGCAUCCAUGUCUAGAUCAUCUACAGACGCCAAUCAAGGAAACCAAAGUUGCCCUUCUCUUAUAGAUUUGUGUAUACAUAAAAUUCGUGAAGACGUGGAUAAAUAUGUUUCCUUCUCCAUGCUGCCAAGAGAUAUAAGCCAGCAGAUUUUGGAUGAUUUGAUCAGUUCUCAAUGCCUAACUGAUUCGGUACUAGAAGCUUUUCGCGAUUGUGCUCUGCAGGAUCUUAACAUGGGAGAAUACCCGGGAGUAAAUGACAGCUGGAUGGAUAUUGUAUCUUCACAGGGUCAAUCUCUACUGUCUGUAGAUCUCUCGGCUUCAGAUAUUACUGACUUGGGGCUGGCUUAUCUCAGAGACUGCGAAAAUCUUCAGACGGUGAAUCUUAAUUACUGUGAUCAGAUUUCGGAUAAAGGUCUGGAGCAAUUAAGCGGUCUGUCAAAACUAGACACUCUAAGCUUUAGAAGAAAUUGCUUGAUCACUGCACGAGGGCUCGGUUUCUUGUCCGGAUUAGUCAAUUUGGUUAAACUGGACUUGGAAAGAUGCCCGAAUAUCCAUGGCGGUCUAUAUCACCUGAAAGGACUUUCAAAGCUCGAUUCUCUCAAUCUCAAUUGUUGCAACUGCAUCACUGAUACUGAUAUGAAGGCACUUUCCGGGCUUACAAGCUUGACGUCAUUGCAGAUUGCUUCCACUGGGGUCACUGAUCUCGGCAUUGCAUUUCUUAAAGGUUUAAGAAAUCUUACACUUUUAAAUAUGGAGGGCUGCCGCGUGACAGCUGCAUGCCUGGAGUCACUUACAGCUCUUACCGCAUUGAUGUAUUUGAAUUUUAGCAGAUGUCGUUUGACUGAUGAUGGUUGUGAAAAACUUGCUCAGUUGCAUUCCCUGAAAGUUCUGAAUUUGGGAUUCAACGAAAUCACGAGUGCCAUUUUAGUGCAUGUCAAAGGGCUUAAGAAUCUGGAGAGCUUGAACCUGGACUCAUGUGGGAUUAAUGAUGACGGAAUGGUUCAUCUUGCAGGUUUGUCUAACCUGAAAUCCUUGGAGCUUUCCGAUACUGAAGUCGGGGACAAUGGAUUACGCCAUAUUUCUGGGCUGCUCGGUCUUGAGAUUUUGAAUCUCUCCUUCACAAGUGUUACCGAUGGAGGCUUGCGAAAGCUGUCCGGCUUAUCGUCUCUCAAGUCCCUCAAUUUGGAUGCUCGCCAGAUCACCGAUGCCGGCCUUGCUGCUCUUACGAAUUUGACCGGGCUGAGACACCUGGAUCUCUUUGGUGCUCGGAUUACCGACUUUGGAACCAAUUUCUUGAAAUCUUUCAAGAACCUGCGGUCUCUCGAAAUCUGUGGCGGUGGAUUGACCGACGCGGGAGUAAAGAACAUCAAAGAGCUUACAUCCUUAAACCUGCUGAACCUGUCACAGAAUCACCACCUGACGGACAGGAGUCUGGAAUCGAUCUCAGGGCUUACCCGACUGGUGUCUCUGAACAUCUCGAAUUCUCGGGUGACGAGCGUGGGGCUACAGCAUCUGAAGUCCCUAAAGAAUCUAAAGUCGCUGAUGCUGGAGUCGUGCAAAGUGACCGCGAGCGACAUAAGGAAGCUUCAGGCGACGCAUCUCCCCAGUCUCGUGAACUUCAGACCUGAAUGAAGCUGCGGAUGGUGAACGAACUCUUCCUCUUUCCUCCUGUACAUAAUGACGGCAGAAUCGCAUAACGGCGCCGAGUUCACCUCUGUAAGUAAGUAUAUGAUGGGACGUGGAUUUUAGUAUAAUGUUGAAUCCCGCCAUCUCUAUCUAUCUAUCCAUCUAUCUGCAUAAGCUUCCUUACUUUCUUACUGGGAACAAAUGUAUAUAUAAAAUGUGUUAUGGCAUGCCUCUAAAUUUCGGUUUC